AAAUAACACAAUACAUUACCUCUUGCGAAUGCUUAAUCAGUGGACUUAUUACGUCAAUAGAAGGAAGAAAAGUAAGACAUUAGGCAUGGCUUUUUCAAGCUUUAAUCGUAAAUUUGCGAGAAAUUUUGCGACUGCAGCAGCAGCAAGCUCUGAAAAAGGGGAUACCACGCGUUUGUGGAGAAAUUUAUACAUAUUCGUCGGCGCUCCAGCCACUAUUUUGUCUGCAUUGAAUUGUUAUCUAAAUGAUGAACAUCAUAAGAAACCAGAAUUUAUUCCUUAUGAACAUUUAAGAAUCAGAAACAGGCGUUUUCCUUGGGGAGAUGGACAACGAUCAUUUUUUCAUAAUCCACAUGUAAAUGCCUUACCAACGGGCUAUGAAGAAUAAGAAAUUCAUUAGCGUCUAUUAGUACUAUUUAUAAAUUGUUCCUCAAAAGAUAGUAUAUAUAAAUAAAUUAAUCCUUUGUUCUAUGCUUUGGAA